CUGACAUUUUCACACCGAAACGUCAAAUAAAUAUUCAUGACUCCCACGAAGAAAAUCAAUCCAAGCGAGAGGAAUCUUUUCCAACUUUGCUUCCCUUGCUUUAGUAAAUCUUCAGUGGAUUGUGACGAGAUAAUGCUGCGAAGUUUUGGCAGAGAAUUCACCGAGUACGAAUAUGUCAUAGAAAACUUGGCAAUACGACGUGCUCCCAAAGUGUUACUGGAUUCUUACCAGCCGCCUCCAAAAAUCAAAUCCCGGUAUGGUCAAACCAAAAAACCCACGGUAAAGCAUCUUGCCGCAGGUUCAUCUGUGAAGAAGCCUUCUCCAGAAGUAAUGGUUGGUCCCGUGGUGGAGACUGAAGACGCUACUCCGGAAGAUUCUCAUCUUCUACCUCCUAUCGAAAGCCGAGAGAAACCAGUUUGUGGACCAUGUACUCCGAACAUGGCCGGGUACAAUCCCUGUCAAACAAAAGGGUUUCACAACGUUCCUUGUAGACCGUGUAGACCACGAACUGAUGACAAGAUGAACCAAAAUGAAACGGUAUUGAAAAAAGCCUUGGUUCCUCCCAUUUAUCGAAGAGGACCCCCGAAACUGCAGGUAAAUAAGGUUUCAGCAGAUAUCCACAAAGAUGGUGAGGUAGAAAAGAGUUCCAAGGCGGAAAAGAAAAGUAUUCCCACAGAGAUCCAAGAAACAAUCGACGCUUUGAGAAGUGCCCGUCCAACUCAUUUGGCCCCUCUUCCGCGAAAGAAUCAAAGAAAUUUGAUGAGGAGCGUGUCAGAUACAAGUUGCGAUAAAGAAACAUUCUGUAAUUUCUUAGGGUUGGAAAAUUUCAAAGAAGAAACCUCCGAGGAAACUAGGUCUUCUCGAAUGAAUAUCUACUUCAUGGAAAAUAAGAGAAAGCCUUCAUCUCGGUCCCCACAAUUUAGAAAGCGAUCCGUGUCUCCGCGGAAAACAGAGACCAACGAUAUAACUGGAAGAGGAGAAAAUGCAGAAGAGAUUGACAAACAUAAACUCGAGCAAAUGGAAAUUGAAAAAGAAAAACUGAAAAGUCAAAGUCUCAAAUGGAAAAUUAUCAUAAAUAAACACAAAGACAAGAUUAAGAAAAAAGACGUAUCUCCCAAUACGGUGUCUUAGUCAAGUUGACGUACCGAAUCUACAAAAGUCAAAUUCAAUUUAAUGUCGAUGUUUUUUGUAAUAUUGUUAUCAUUUGCUUUAAAAAAUGCUUCAUUUGCCACAGUCAUUAAGAAAAGUAUAAUAGGUUGAUAUGCGACGAUCGUGCCUCUCAAACAUUUCCAGUGAUUUAUAUUUGCCUUCAGAGGCAGGUGAAGUCAACAGCUUCGUGAUAUUAAUUUCUUCAAAGACUAUUAAACCUUCGUGCAAUUUCAAUGUUUAUUCCUCGACUUCUGAGAUUCGAUUAUUGUUUGUUAUGGAGUUUUUUGGACAAGUAGCAUGCAAAGAAAAUCAAUUUGUCGUGUACAACGAUGACGAUACGAUAACAGAUGUGUGUACAAAGGAUGCCGUCCAAGGAGUUUACAAGCAUCACAUGUUGGUUGAAAGACUUUCUUUACUAGUGAAUAUUCAAGAAAUUGACGAGUUUAGUCUAACGAAAGUGGUGAUUACGGCAGCAACGAUACCUUCUAGUAUCGUUGGAGACUGUGGGAAACUUGGAAAAAUCAAUUGUUCAAUCAAUGACGCCAUAUGCAUAGACCGAAAUCUUCAGUGUGAUGGAGAUUUCAACUGUGGAGUCAAGUUUGGGUUCGAUGAAGACGAGAUAAUUUGUGGAGGUUAUUUAUUUUCUGAAUUUCAAAA